ACACAUUAGGGUAGACCGUCCUAAGGCAGUUACGAGAUGGGACCUCGCGUGUCGACGCUCGCGUUGCUGGUGCUGCUGGUGGUGGCGGCUGGUGAGGCUCUCCACAGGCCAGGCCACGCCUCGAGGCACGGAGGUCGAGUCAGAGCGGCCCACAGGGCCGGCAAGGCGCCCCCAGGGACGAGGAGCAAGGGCGCCUCCCAGGAGCCGCUGCUGGUCACCAUCAAGACCAUCAAAGAGAUCAAGUACGACUUCGGAGACGAUGGGACGUUGGAGAAAGAACUGAUAGCCAGCGGGCGCUACGACUCUAAAGCGGUCGUUGGAUACGACGUAACACUGGACGAUCACCAGCGCAACCGCAUAAUCGUGACGACCCCGCUGGUCCGUCGUGGCAUCCCGGUGACGCUGAGCACCAUCCCCUACGACGGAGAGCAGAGUCCGCUCCUGAAGCCCUACCCCAACCUGGAAAUCCACCACACCACGGAGGACUCCAUCACCGACUGCAACACCCAGCUGGUGGACGUCAUCAGAACAACGAAAACUUGGGCGGAUGAUGACACACUAUACGUCCUCGACAACGGUGCUCUGGACCUGAUAACGAGUACCAAGAAUGUGUGUCCACCCAAAAUCGUCAUCUUCGACUUGCGGACUGAUGAGGUCAUCAACUCCAUAGUGAUCCAGAACGCAGCCUGCAACUCAUUUUACUCCUAUUUGUUGGUGGACGCGUGCCCAGAUGGUUGCCUGACGGCCUACAGCUCCGACACCAGAGGCAACGUACUCUCGGUGACGGACCUCACCACUGGAGCCUCCAAACACCUGCAGAGCCAGUACUUCCACCCCAAGCCCGGCUUUUUCUUCACGAAGGCGGGAGGUCCAGCCUACUACCUACCGGACGGCAUCGAUGGAGUGACAGCCGAUGAGAGCUGCGAUGGCAAACUCUACUUCCAAGCGUUCGCCAGCAACAUCCAGGGCGUUGUCGACAAGCAGGUCAUCCGAGAUGCAUGCGACGGGGAUGUGUUGGACAUCAAGACGCAGGUUGAUCUGCCAGGAGAAAUAUCAGGGCAGAGCGGAGUAAUAGCGGUGGAUCCAAAAGGGACGUUGCUAUUCUUCCCCGUGCUAGAUGAACUGGCUGUCUACUGUUGGGAUACGAGCAAGCCUCACGACCCAAAGAACUUCCGCUUGAUCGUUCAAAAUGAUGAACAUCUACAGUAUAUCAGCAGCAUAAACAUAGACACAAAAAAUGAAAGAUUAUAUGUAACGAGCGAUCGAUUAACGUCCUAUCUUUCAAAUACCACCAACUGCUCUGAAGACAACUUCCAGAUUCUGUAUAUUGACAUAAAGAACAUAGAAUGUUAGUUCUAUGUGCAACAGUUUUGUUUUGUGAUUUCGAAGGAACUCGGUGCCUCAGCAAGAUCCGUCGAAUGUAAUUACAACUGUAUGAUAUAUUGAAAAGAAUGAAAUAUAAAGCCAGCAAAAA